UCUUGUCCUCGUUCCUUCUCCCUCAUCUCCCCUCAAUCUCCUGUCAACGCGGCAACCAUGGCGGCCCCAAGGCUUCCGUUCCUUUACCCAAACCUGAUGCGCGCAGUUCGAUCCUGCGAACCCCAUACCUACCGCUCUCUUCGCCUUACAUCCCGCAACCAGCACGCUCCCUUCCACACCAGUCCACGACGCACUCAAGAAACCUAUCAUCGACGAUACGGGCCUGCUGCAGAAGCAAACCUACCACCGCCCUCUAAACCGAAAGACGAACCACCUCGUCAACAGUCCACCAAUACCCCAUCCGAGAAAGACAAUGACAGCAACGCUGCUUCGUCUCCGAAUCAAGCCCCACCAGCGCAAUCACAGCCAAAGGACACCGAAACCACCUCAGAGGCCUCAUCACAGUCGCAACAAGACAAAUUAGCCUCCGCGGAUACCGAACUGCUAGACGAGGAGAAAUCCGCACACGAACAAGAGCCCCGUGAAGACUCCGAACCCAUACUCGAUGCCCGUGAUGCCGAUGAGGUCAACGCUAUAUCCAACGAAAGACCCACGGAGGAAUCCAUCCAUCUCCAUCACCCACUCAACCAGAAUCCUCUAGAGGGCGUCCUUCACAUGCCAUCUCCUUCCUCCUACCUGACCACAACCGGCGGGCCCGCCUCAGAAAACAACCACCCGAAUCUCGCCCCAGCCCCUUACGUUCAUCACUUCGACACAUUCUCGCUCGUUCGCGACCUCUCCACAGGUGGAUUCUCCGAAGAACAGUCGGUCACCAUCAUGAAGGCAGUCCGGACCAUCCUACACAGUAACCUCGAUCUUGCACGCCAAAGCCUGACCUCCAAGUCAGACGUUGAGAACGAAUCCUACCUUUUCAAAGCGGCUUGCUCGGAACUCCAAUCCUCCUUGCAGACCGCUAGAAACUCCGAAAUGCAGCGACAGCGGACAUCCCGAACACAACUACAGCACGAGUCCGACAUCCUAUCUCAACGCUUGAACCAGGAACUGGCAGGUCUGAAAGACGACAUCAAGGGAAUGUUCAACGACCACAAGAUGACGACCCGCGAACAACAGCGGAGCAUCGACACCUCCGUACAAGAACUCAAUUACAAAAUCACUGUCUCCUUGAACAGUGACGGCAAGAGCGAAAUCGAGGGUCUGCGCUGGAUUUUAACAAGGAGAGCUGCUAUGGCCGUCGCCACUAGUGCCUUCAUGAUCAUCUGCUUCCUGAAAUACUACUCCGUUCGCAAGGCGCAGGAGAGCGCGGACAAGAAAAAGAAAGAACAAGAACUCCCAACCAAGGGCGGAACUAAAGAGACCGGAGUAGCAGCAGCUGUCGUCGCCGCCCAGGAUCCUCUCCGGCCCAAGUCGGCGCCAGUCCCUGGGGUUCAUCUCGGAGAGUCCCUUGGCUGAGCUUUCAUCACCCUCCUUUCAUACAUUCUCAUAUCAAAUAUUCUUGCCGACUGUACAACAACCAAAUCAUCUAUGUCCUACCUAUCUUGUAUAUCAUUCAUUCCCAUACCAGCUAUAGAUCUUCUUAUAUUGUUUUCUUAGCCGCACAUUCACAUUGAUUUAUCUCCCUCCUGUUUGGUUGGUGAGACAUCUCGAUACCCCCAUGCAUCUAUUUGUCUUGACAUCCUCUCUUUUUCUUUCAAUUCUCUACUCUAUUUCCUUGAUGGAAACGAUUGCAACAUAUAGACGAGUUCCAUCAUCGUUCAUUAUCCUUGUCAUGUCAACAUUCCUC